AUGUCAGCUACCACUAUGCCCUUUAAAAGGCCUUUGAAAGAGGUGGAAGAUGAAUUACUGAACUUAGCUGCAGAAGAGGUGGACAAAGAUAAACGACAAAAGCAAAAGAAAAGACGCCACAAUUUUGCUCAUAUGACGCAGUACUCUAGUACUAUGAAUGAGAGAGAUUUAGUAGAAGAGGGUAGCAUCCAAGAAGAGUCGCCUUCUGGGUCUCUUAAAAAGGUUAUUUUAAGAAAUUUCAUGUGUCAUGAAAACUUUGAAAUGGAGCUAGGCCCCAGACUAAAUUUCAUUGUUGGUAACAAUGGUAGUGGAAAAAGUGCCAUUUUAACAGCUAUUGCUGUUGGAUUAGGUGUCAAGGCAAGCGAGACAAAUAGAGGUGUGUCUUUGAAAGAUCUCAUACGAGAAGGUAGCUAUUCUGCAAAAAUCACAUUAUAUUUGGAUAACAGUAGGAUUGGCUCUUAUAAAUCAGAUGUAUAUGGCGAUACUAUUAUAAUAGAAAGGACCUUGAAAAGGGAUGGACCACCAUCAUUCAGUCUAAAGACGAAAGAAGGGGAAGAAAUAAGUAGUAGGAAGAAGGACGUACAAAGCGUUCUUGACUACUUUUCUAUUCCAAUUAGUAAUCCAAUGUGUUUUCUUUCUCAAGAUGCAGCAAGGUCAUUUUUAACUGCAGGUUCCCCACAUGAUAAAUAUAUGCAGUUUAUGAAAGGGACGUUAUUACAGAAUAUUGAUGAUGAUUUGAAUCAUGCAAAGGUUAUCCAUAAGAAUUCAGAAGAAAGUAUGAAGUUACACCUUGAAAAAUUGAGGGAGUUGAAGGCUGAAUAUGAAGAUGCCAAAAAAUUGAUAAAGGAAAUCAAUCAAACUAGUACCUUAAACGAAAGAAAAAUGCUUCUACAAGGGCGGUCACUGUGGAUGGAUAUUGAUCAAAAUUAUAAAGCUGUUGAAAAACUGAAAAAUGAUAUGAAAACUUGCCAAACCAAAAUAGAAAAACUUACAAAUAAAGUAAAUGAGAAAGAAAAAGGUAUUGAAAAAUAUACAAUUGAUAAUGAAUCUGCACAGGCAUUGAUAGAAGAAAACGUUAUAAACGUAAAUAACAGGGAACAAGAACAUCAACUGGCCAGAGAAGCCGUGAGAAAUGUAAGAGCUGAGUUUGAAAAGAAGAAGGCCAAUGAGGCUGAAGCUCAAAAAAAUAUUGAAAGUUGCAAAAAAAAGAUAGAAGCUCUGGAUAAAACUAUUGCACAUCUCGAGGAGAACUUUCGUAGGGAAAUGGGUGGAGAUAAAGAUCAGCUAAGAGAAGAGCUAGCAGACCUGGAAAUGCAGAAUACAGAAUUAAAUACCCAAGUCAAUGCAUUGACGAUAAAUUUACAGGAUGUACAAAACGAGGAAAGAGAAGUUGUCCAACAGCGACAAGCAGAUGUGCAACAACUGGAAAGAAGCAUUCAAAAUCAAAAAAUUCAAAUUCAGAGAACUGUAGAAAGUAACAAUAACUUUUUAUCUAAUUUUGAUCCAAAAAUGGAAUAUCUGUUAAAAGUUCUGAAACAAAGACAAAGGGAAUUUGAGGUGCCGCCCAUUGGGCCAUUGGGCAAUUAUAUCACAAUAAAGAAAGACUUCUCCAAAUGGACUCGGGCCAUUCAAAAAGCUAUAUCAUCUUCUCUAAGCUCUUUCGUUGUUGUUAGUCAAAAAGAUCAAAGACUUUUGCGAGAUAUUGAGAGAUCCUGCAAUAUGAGAGCAAAUAUCCCCGUCAUCUCAUAUAAAUUAAAUGUCUUCAACUUCUCAGCGGGCAGAGCUAGAUGCCAAUAUCCCACAAUUGUAGAUGCAAUCGAGUUCGCUACUCCAGAAUUAGAAUGUUUACUUGUAGAUAUGAAUAAGAUCGAAAAGGUUGUCUUAAUAGAUGACUAUAAAGAAGCUAGGAAUUUUUUACGAGCCCGCCCUCAAAAUGUAACCAUGGCUCUAUCACUUAGAGAUCAAAGGACUGGUUUCCAGUUAACUGGUGGUUUUAGGUUAGAUACAAUUGUAUAUGAAGAUAGAAUAAAAAUGAAAACCGGCACUGAUGAUGGAAGCAGUUAUAUGAGAGAUUCCUUGAAUCAAGAAAUGGAGGAACUGCGUAAUGUAAAAAAUCAAUAUGAUACUAAAAUCUCUGAGAAACGUUCUCAGUUACGUGAUAUUGAUAGGGAACUGAGUAACUUAAGACAGCAGAUAAAACAAAAUAACAGUAGAACUACCCUGUUAAGGAUAAAUAUUGGUAAGGUUGUGGAUACGGGUGUUUUAACAUCAAAACAAGAUGAGAGGAAAAACCAAGAGCAGGCAAUUGCUGGUUAUGAGGCUGCAAUAGCUCUCCUCAAAACCAAUCUAGAAGAAAUCACUGGAAGGGCUUUGUCCAUGAAAGAGAAAUAUGAUGAAAGCAGAACUGCACUCAAGACGGCGAACGAAGAACUUCAGCAACUGAAAGAAAAUGUCAAUAAUCGUGAAUCCAGAAUUGCAAGGUUUAAAGAUGAUAUUAAGCAGUAUAACGAAAAAGCUAAUGCAUAUUCCGAAGCGAUCAAAAGAAUUGAAGUAAAUAUAUCAUCACUAGGGGAAGGUAUAGAAAGUCAAGUAAGAAACGCUUCGAAGUUCUGCUCAAGGGAAGACGCAGAUAAGGAGGAUCUUCCAAACGACCAAGUGGCUAUCAGAACUGAAUUGGAGCAAAUUACCAGACAAAUCCGUAAGUGUGAACAAAAUCUAGGCCUAUCACAAGACAAAAUUGUUGAUCUCUUCAAUCAGACAAGAUCUAAGUAUAAACAAGGACAAGAAAAAUAUGAUCUUUUAAAGAGAGCCCUACACACGUUAAAGAGUUCGCUCGAGAAACGUUUAGAGGUCUUCAAAAAUCGUAGGUAUGUGACCUGCCUCGAAGCAAACCACAGCUUUAUUGGCUCAAUGAAGCGCAGAAAUUUUAAAGGUAUGUUAAAGUUUGAUUUCCAGAAGGCCUUAUUAGAUAUAAAAGCCUGUAGUAGAGAUGAUCCUGAAGAACGUGAUGUUGACACUCUGUCUGGCGGUGAGAAGUCCUUUUCCCAGAUGGCGCUCCUUCUAGCUACAUGGGCGCCAAUGCGGUCUAGAAUUACUGCAUUAGAUGAAUUCGACGUUUUCAUGGAUCAGGUUAAUAGAAAGAUUGGUACUGGCCUUAUUGUGAAAACGCUAAAAGAUAAUGCGAGAACUCAGACCAUUAUCAUUACUCCCCAAGAUAUAGGCAAAAUUGCCCAUAUCGACAGCACCGGUGUUAAUAUUCAUAGAAUGAGAGAUCCAGAAAGACAAAAUAAUUCCAACUAUUUUAACUAG